AUGGAAUCUGAUGCAGACUCUGAUAGAGAUGAAGAUGAGGCAGGUCAAGGUUCAACAGCUGAGAGUAGAAAUACCAAACAACCAGACAUUGUAGAUUAUGCCAAUGCUGCUACACAAGCCUAUGAUGCCAUCCCAGAUUCUGAUUCAGAAGAAGAAAGUGAAGGUAUGUCUAUAUUCUGUGCUGACACACAAGUAUAUGGAGUGGCUGGGGACAAUCCUAAAAAGACCAGACAAGCUGAAGAUGCCAUAUAUUGUGCAGCAACGCAGGCAUAUGGAGUAGGAGAAGAUGAUGAUACUGAUGUCAGUGAUGAAGAUGAGAAUAAUGGCAAAACAGCACCAACAUUAAAGUUAAAUCUUGAUGAAGAAACUGAUGAUGAAGGGCCUGAAACAAAUCUUACAGAUGAAGCAACAUUGGCAUAUAACCUUCCACAUGACAAAGAGGAAGCCACCACACUGGCUGAAGCAGCGACACAGGUCUAUGAUGCUACAGAUGUUGGCAUCGAUAGUGAACCAAGCACUGACUGUGAUGAGAACGUCUAUGAGGCUGCUACUCAGGCAUAUGGACUUCAAGAUUAUGAUGGCGGGGGUAGCAGCACCGAUGACGGUGGUGGUGGUCAUGAUAAAGCUGAUAGAGACUGUGAUGGUGAUAUGGAGCCUACUCAGGCUGAGGAACUCGAACAGACCCAACCUCUGGGUGGUAAACCUGAUGCAGAUGGUGAUGAGACUAUAGCAGCUGGGGAAGAAAAUGGUGAUGACGAAAAAAUCCAAACUUCGCUUAGCAAAUCAAGUAAAUCACGGUUAAGAGGGAAAGGAAAGAAUAUUGAAUAUCCAGCAGAAACAUUAAUGUUGCAUGAUCAGACAGAAGCAACUCAAGAAAUAGAAGAUGAUGAUCCUGUAGAGAUGAAAAGACAGAUGGAUGUAGACGAGACUGGACAGGAUACCCAGGCUACUGGUGAGGAAGUGGCAACAACAAGUAGAGGAAUUAUAGAACAUUUUAAAAUGGAAGAAGAGGCAGAUCUAGAUACUGAUGAAGAACAGGUAACAAAAAGAAGUCGAAGAAAAGAACAUUUUGAAUUGGGGGACGAGGCUGAUUUGGAUACUGAUGAGGAGCCAAUAAUAAAAGGAAAAAGUGGAAGGAAAAAACAGUUUGAAUUGGAAAAUGAGUCUGAAGAGGCUACACAGCCAACAGGGGAGGAUGUACCCGUUAAAAGGGGAGUAAGGAAAGCUAGAAAGAGUUGUGCAGAAAUGGAUGAUGAAAAUGAACAAGCUAUGCAAUCAACUGAAAAGCAGAAAUUGGCAAAAAAGAGAGUAAAGAAAGGGAAAAAAAGCUACAUAGAAAUAGAGGAUGAGGCCGACCAGGCUACACAACCAACUGAAGAUCCAGAACCUUUAAAACGUAAAGGGAGAAGAGGACGUAAAGCUCAAGCAGAAGAGACAAAACCGACCACUGAGGUGGGAAAACAGGGGAAAAGGGGUGGGAGAAGAGGAAGGUCUGCUGCAGUGAAAGAUGAUACUGAAGAGGCUACACAGGUUAUCGAAAAAAAGGAUCAUGUGAAAAGAAGAGAAAGAAAAGGGCGUAUCGCCGUUAUAGAGGAUGAUGCUGAUCAGACUACUGAAGAGGAGGGGGAAGAAGCUGGGAAGUUAAGUAUUGUGAUUGGAAAAGCAAUGCAUGUUGAGAAUUAUGACCAGCAGAAACUGAAAGUUCAAGAUGAGGUUGAUUUUGAAACACAGACUGUAGAAGAAGAGGAGGAAGAAGUGAAACCUGCAGAUGAAGAUCAGGGUGGAGGACGGAAAGCAAAGAUAGGAAUAGCUGAUGAGAAGAAUGAAGAAACAAAUGAUGAAGAAUCGAGUAUCGUCAAGACAAUGACUAAAACAGAUGUGGAGGAAAUUGAGAAUGUUGGAAGAGGGCAGAGACAGGGAAGGAAAAGAAAAGGAGAAAUAGUGGAAGAGACGACAAAUAAAGAACAAAAAAGAGGAUUUAUAAAAGCACCUCUUGGAAUUGAAGACCAAAUGCAAACAACUGGUGAUGAUAAUACAGACAAAACUAAAAAGGGUAAAUCUAGCAAAGCAAAAAAUUAGUUGCAGGUAAAACACAAAGUGAUGAAACUGAUGCUGGUCCAAGCCAGAGGUCUGAAAUAGAAGACAAUGGAGUUACCAACUUGGAGAUUGAUACAAGACGCAGUAAAAAACAUUCAACAACAGGUGGGAGAAAAAACGCUUCAGCUGAAGAAAUCAGUGAAGGGAAAACGCAAGCAACUAAGCAACCAGAUGUGUUUCUCCCACCCAACGAUGCUGAGGACAUUCUUACAGCCUGUACGCAGGUUUAUGGGGCAGAUGAGGAUGCUGCAAAAAGUGCCACUGAUGUGUUUACAGAUGCGACACAGGUGUACGGAAAAGAUGCUGCCGGGGAUACAGAAACAGAUGAAUACACAUCUUCUACUCAGGUUUAUGGAGCAGACGGAUGGGAAGCAGUUGAACGAAAAGAUGAAUUCACAGAUGAUACACAGG